GUGUGAGUUAUUUCGGUUAUGGCUCGUCAAAAUCACCUUCUCAGGCUCAAGGGUACUGUAGUCAAAGUAUUGGUGCAAAUCUAGCUAGCUUCGUCAGCCAGGAUGACAUUGACAGAAUUAUAAGUGUUAUGCCCGACUCGAACUGGUAUUACUGGACAGGACUUAAGUAUACACAGUCCAGUAACUCAUGGAGCUUUAUGGACGGGACGGAUACUACAUUCGCCUUGUCAAGGAUUGGUGCUCAAAGUUAUAACUCAGAUAAGUGCGUGCUGAUCCUCGCUGGUGGGACAUUCAAUCCAACUCAUUGUACAGAAUCGAGGCAAUUUAUUUGUCAAAUUGGUCAACAUCCAAUUCCCACAGAUCCACCAAGUUCAUCAGGUUAGACUAAAAUAGUUGUUUAUCCUUCGGUUAGUUUUCAUAAUAAGCCAGUAUACAUACUAGUGUCGACUGCGCAUCCAAAAUGACUCGUUUUGAGACGAGACAAAAUUGCGGUUGAAUCAUAACAUGGAUUGAAUCAUAGCAAAGCGGAAGCCGUGCCGAGCGAGUGUUGCAUGUAAUUGCGGUGGCAAUCGAAGUUAGUUCGGUGCGUAAGUUUGUUAGUCUCUUGGAAAUCAUAAGUCUUGAUAGCAAUUCAAAAAUAGUAUGUCAAGUCGCCAACGUGCUGUUUUGCGCAUGCUCCAGGGCGCCGCACGAGUACUAUAUUGAAGGAUUUGUAGACGGAAAUUUCGAGAGGAAUUUUAUACAUUUUAUUAAACCUAACCAGGAGCAGUUGGAUAACGAAAUGGAUAACAAUAUGUGUCUUGCUAUUCCGUGCAAAGAUUACCGGUGGUAAGAUUACCAGUGAUUACCAAUGGUAGUUAAAAAAAGAAAGUAAAUGGAAAUUGUCGAGUGUAAAUUUUAUCAGUGUAAUAGAUAAAGCAUGAGCGGCCGUGUUGUGUAUCAGAUAUACAAACUUGAGCCGAAGGCGAGAGGUACGUUGUAUGUCUGGGACAACACACGGAUGCGAAUGCUUUAUAUGGCUUGUGAAACGUCUCGAUGAGAACAUUCGUAUUCUUCAUUAAUUUUAAAUAUUCAAUGAAUGAUACUUGGUGAGAAAAUUAAACUUAAAAAAUCAAUAAUAAUUCAGGAGGAAAACACAAAGAAAAAUCAUAAGCGUGUCGUAUCUUUAUAUGUGAUAAAAAAUCAUGUUAAUUUACAUAAACUUUAGCUUUGAUUUUCUCGGUUUAGACAAAGUUUAUUUUAUAAAUUACUUAGCCAAUGUACUCAUAUAAGAUGGGUCGUUUUUUAAGCCAUUUAAAGCACUUGUAUAGUCGCGUUUUGUCAGAUAUAAAACGCUCGGCUGCGCCUCGUGAUUUAUAUCUGAUAAAACACUCCUACGCGUCCUUUAAAUAGUACUUAAAGUUUAUGUAAAAUGAGUUUUUUAAGUACUGUUUAAAACAUGAGCAGUAGUGUUUUAUUAGAUAUAAUGAUACGAGGCGAAGCCGAGUAUCUUUAGGUCUGCAUGAUAAAACACGCACUGCGAAUGUUUUAAAUUGCUUCAAAAACGAUCAAUCUAGUAAGUUCAUUGGCAAAGUAAUUUUUUGGGUUGUGUAACUCGAGAAAAUCAAAGUUAUAAAGUUUAUGUAAAAUCAAGCAGGGAAAACUCUAUCACAUAUAAAGAUACGACACGCUUAUGAUUUUUCUUUGUGUUUUCCUGAUGAAUUAUUAAUGUGUUUUUAAAUACAUUUAUUAAACCCUAAGCGAUUUAUUUAAUACACAUGCACACCAUGCACUAUUCACCAAGUUAAUUUCAGAUAUUUUUUGUUUUAGGUGUGAGUUAUUUCGGUUAUGGCUCGUCAAAAUCACCUUCUCAGGCUCAAGGGUACUGUAGUCAAAAUAUUGGUGGAAAUCUAGCUAGCUUCGUUAGCCAGGAUGACAUUGACAGAAUUAUAAGUGUUAUGCCCGACUCGAACUGGUAUUACUGGACAGGACUUAAGUAUACACAGUCCAGUAACUCAUGGAGCUUUAUCGACGGGACGGAUACUACAUUCGCCUUGUCAAUGAUUGGUGCUCAAAGUUAUAACUCAGAUAAGUGCGUGCAGAUCCUCGCUGGUGGUACAUUCAAUCCAACUCAUUGCACAGAAUCGAGGCAAUUUAUUUGUCAAAUUGGUCAACAUCCAAUUCCCACAGAUCCACCAAGUUCACCAGGUUAG